UACUUGAUCCUUAAUGCUUCUGUCCUUUUCUUUCCUCAGGAGUUCUUUGAUCACGCAAAGAAGCUGUGGGACGACGAAGGAGUGAAGGCAUGCUUUGAGAGGUCCAAUGAGUACCAGCUCAUCGACUGUGCACAAUAUUUCCUGGACAGAAUUGACUCUGUAAGACAGAACGACUACACACCAACGGACCAGGACCUGCUACGCUGCCGAGUGUUAACUUCAGGGAUUUUCGAGACGAGGUUCCAAGUAGACAAAGUGAACUUUCACAUGUUUGAUGUUGGAGGCCAGAGAGAUGAAAGGAGAAAAUGGAUCCAGUGCUUUAACGACGUCACUGCUAUCAUCUUCGUGGUGGCCAGCAGCAGCUACAACAUGGUAAUAAGGGAAGACAAUAACACCAACAGGCUACGGGAAGCCUUGGACCUCUUCCGCAGUAUUUGGAACAACAGAUGGUUACGCACUAUAUCGGUCAUAUUAUUCCUGAACAAGCAGGACAUGCUGGCUGAGAAAGUAUUAGCUGGAAAAUCCAAAAUUGAAGACUACUUCCCCGAAUAUGCUCGCUACACCAUACCAAAUGAAGCAACUCCUGAACCUGGUGAGGACCCGAGAGUGACGAGAGCUAAGUUCUUCAUCCGAGACGAGUUUCUUGUAAGUAUUUCUCUGUUUGUAGAGAGCUGAAGUUGAUGACUGUCC